AGAAGAAAUAAUUUAGAUUGAAUUUAAUAUUAUAGAUGAAAGAAGUGAGUGAGAAAUCUUCAAUAGUUGAUGGUAAACGUAAACGUGUAAUGUCUGUGCAUGGAGUGAUGUCCGUUGUAACAAAGGAACUAUUAAGAGAAUAAAGAGCUUAAGUUCCUUAAGUUUAAAAUACAGUGAUUAGAAAGCAAGAAAAAAAUAAAAAAGUCAUCGAAAAAUAAUAAUGUAAGAAUGAUAAAAGGGUGAGAAUAACUAAAUCAGCAUUAAAAGAAUUAAUAUAAAGUCAUUUUAUUGUGGUAGAUGAUAAUGAAGAUGCUAUGAUCUAAAGCAGCAAGUAUUAAAUUAUCCGAUUUAAAUAGAUAAUUUAAUAACUCACUGGUUAGAAAUUAAAAAAUAUCAAGUUCAUCAUCAGAUUCUCAAUCUGAUUCUUCAUCAUCAUCUAGGUAUAUAUCAGUUUAUAUAUAAUCUCAAGUUUUUGAAGAAGAAGAUUGUUGA